GACAUUUUGGCUUAAUACUUUCCAGAAAACAGCUUUCACCAUCUUGCCAAUCUGCAGCAGAGGUGUCAUGGCGUUCUUGGGGACAGCAGUGCUCAGGGCUGUGGCCUGCAGACAGCCUUUCUCUCCUCUGUGUCGGGUGUCCUCGCGCUGCUACAGCGCCCACACAGACCAAACUACGGAGAAGAGCGUCCCAUAUGAGAAGACCCUUAAACAGGAGGAGAGCGUCAGCGGGCCCACCAAACCCCUGCCCAAGGCGGCCGACGUAGUGGUGAUUGGAGGUGGCAGUCUGGGGUGUCAGACCCUGUACCACUUGGCCAAAAUGGGCUUGACCAACGUGGUGCUGCUGGAGAGGGACAGACUGACUGCCGGCACGACAUGGCACACAGCAGGGUUGCUGUGGCAGCUGAGGCCCAGUGAUGUCGAGGUGGAACUGCUGGCCCACACCAGAAAUGUGAUCAGCUCCGAGCUGGAAAAGGAAACGGGUCUGGAGACCGGUUGGAUUCAAAACGGAGGUCUUUUCAUCGCCUCCAAUAAACAGCGCCUGGAUGAAUAUAAACGCCUUAUGUCGCUUGGGAAGGUGUACGGCAUUGAGUCUUACGUGCUGUCGCCCGCGGAAACGAAGGACCUGUACCCGCUGAUGAACGUGGAUGAUCUCUACGGCACACUUUACGUCCCUAAAGAUGGUACCAUGGACCCUGCUGGCACCUGCACCACUCUGUCUAGAGCCGCAACGGCGCGGGGAGCUACGGUGAUAGAGAAUUGUCCUGUAACAGGUAUUCAAGUGAAAGUAGACGAUCUUGGUGUGAAGAGGGUCAAGGCUGUGGAGACGGCCUUUGGCACCAUUCAGACACCUUGUGUGGUCAACUGUGCAGGUGUGUGGGCUACAAAACUGGGUCAGAUGGCAGGAGUGAAUGUUCCCCUCAUUGCUAUGCAUCAUGCCUAUGUUGUCACCGAAAGGAUUGAAGGCAUUCAGAACAUGCCUAACGUGAGAGACCAUGAUGCGUCCGUCUAUCUCCGUCUCCAAGGCGAUGCCCUGUCUGUAGGAGGUUAUGAGCAGAACCCUAUCUUCUGGGACGAGGUAUCUGAUAAGUUUGCCUUCAGCCUGUUUGACCUGGACUGGGAUGUCUUCAUGCAGCACAUAGAGGGAGCAAUUAACCGAGUGCCCGCCCUGGAACAAACUGGUAUCAAAUCUACUGUCUGUGGACCAGAAUCCUUCACUGCGGACCACAAGCCACUGAUGGGAGAAGCCCCAGAAGUGAGGGGAUUUUUCUUGGGCUGUGGAUUUAACAGUGCAGGUAUGAUGCUAGGUGGAGGCUGUGGUAAAGAGUUGGCUCAUUGGAUCAUCCAUGGCCGUCCCGAGAAGGAUAUGUAUGGUUACGACAUCAGGAGGUUCCAUCAUUCACUGACCAACAAUAAUCGCUGGAUCAGAGAGCGUAGCCAUGAAUCCUAUGCCAAAAACUACUCUGUUGUUUUCCCCUUCGAUGAGCCUCUGGCUAGCCGCAACAUGAGGAAGGACCCUUUCCACAAGGUGCUGCAGGAACAUGGCUGUGUAUUUCAGGAGAGACAUGGCUGGGAGAGGCCAGGCUGGUUCAACCGUGAUGGUGCUGCUCCAGUUCUAGACUAUGAUUACUAUGGAUCUUAUGACAUUCCCAAACAUAACAACUACAAGUACAAUGAUCUGCUGGGCAAGGAAUACACAUUUGACUUCCCUCCACAUCAUGAAAUGAUUAAGGAGGAGUGUCUGACCUGUAGAAAUGCAGUGGCUGUGUUUGACAUGUCCUACUUUGGUAAAUUCUACCUGACUGGCCCAGAUGCUAAGAAAGCAGCUGACUGGUUGUUCUCCGCAGAUGUGAACAAAACUCCUGGCUCCACUGUGUAUACCUGCAUGUUGAACAAGAGAGGCGGUGCUGAGGCUGACCUCACAGUCAGUCGGCUGGAGCCAGGCCUUGCCCAUCUGCCCCUGGCACCGGAGUCCGAUGGUAAUGCAUACUAUCUGGCUAUUGGUGGAGGCGUAGCACAGCACAACUGGAGCCACAUUCAGACGGUCCUGCAGGAUCAGGGUUUCCGCUGUACUCUGCUAGACCAUUCUGAGGACAUGGGGAUGCUUAGUAUCCAGGGUCCUAAGAGCCGUGAACUGCUACAGGAGAUCCUGGAUACGGAUCUUAGCAACGAGGCCUUCCCUUUCUCCACUCACAAAGUGGUGAACGCUGCUGGGCACAAGGUGCGUGCCAUGCGUCUGUCAUUUGUAGGAGAGCUGGGAUGGGAACUGCACAUCCCUAAAGAGUCCUGUCUGCCUGUUUAUCAUGCUGUCAUGGCUGCUGGGGCGAAGUAUGGAGUGUGUAACGCAGGGUACAGAGCAAUAGACUCCCUCAGUAUUGAGAAAGGCUACAGACACUGGCACGCUGACCUGCGUCCUGAUGACACUCCUCUGGAGGCUGGCCUUGCCUUCACUUGUAAGCUGAAGAGCUCCAUUCCCUUCCUGGGGCGAGAGGCAUUGGAGGCCCAAAAAGCUGAGGGGCUGCGUCGCCGUAUUGUCUGCUUUACCAUUGACGAGAAAGUUCCCAUGUUUGGCCUGGAAGCCAUCUUUAGGAACGGUGUUCCAGUAGGUCACCUGCGGCGCUCUGACUACGGCUUUGCCAUCGAUAAGACGAUUGGCUAUGGCUAUAUCCGAAACCCGGACGGCGGAGUGGUGAGUCCAGAGUUUGUGCGCAGUGGAGAGUUUACCUUGGAGAGAAUGGGGGUGGUGUACAAGGCCAAAGCCCACCUUAAGUCACCUUUUGACCCUGAAAACAAGCGUGUCCGGGGCAUCUACGAUCUCCCACAGGAAGAAUCAGGCUCCUGCAAAGCCAGAAUGUAACCUUGCAUUUUGCUUAGGCUCUGAGUCACGGUGAGGUUUAUGCACACUGGCCAGGACAGAGGGAAGAGGCCAGCGCAUUUGCAUCACAGAAAGGAUUCCAGGAAAAAAAGAAGACAGAUCAGCUCUGGAGCACUGAUGAGAUCUUCCACUUCCAUCAAAUGCUGGAGGGUGAUUGGUGAUGUCUGAGCAGAUCAGACAGCCAUAUCACAGCUGCAAGAUUACGUGGUUCAACCUUUUACAUUUCUGCCCCCACAAGAUGAGCAGCAGAUCACAGCUAACAGUGUUUAAACAAACUGUCUUUUGUGCCUGUAGUUUCCUACAUCUUUUUUUUUUUUUU